GUAGGACGCCAGCAGGAACUACAAGCUUACAGGAGGAUGUAAACACAGUGGUAGGCAUGAGCACAAGUGAGAGCGCGGGCGUUUACAAAAGAAUAGUCCAAGUGAUCCAUUCGGAACCUCGAAACGACUGUAUAAACAGUCAUUCCAGGAGACCAAAGUAGCGCUUUGUGAUGCAAAAAGUUUGCGACGACUAUCUCACGAGGAAGGUUCACAACUCGCGACGUAACUUCUGAGUGUAAAAUCGCGGAAGUUUGUCAGGACUGAAGAGUUAGUCAAACUUUAGAAAUAUCCUUCGUUCAUGAAUUCGGGAUGUUUACAGAUGGACUGCUCUCAAUGGCUGCGCUCACGCAUGUAUUGUUUGGUACUGAUAUUAUUUAAUAACACAUUUUAAAAUAGUUUGUUUGUUGCAGUCGCAAUGGAAUGUACAUAGCCAGGUAAGCUGCAAGCAAUCCACAUUGCUGUUGUCGCAUUACCUUGAAUGACCGUAUGACAGAUGGGUUUCAUUUUAAUUUCGCUUUCGUCCAUUUCUUCUGUAUAUUAACACUUUUAACUCAAUCCGUUCGUUUAGUAGGCUAUACAGCAUUUCGUUGGACGCAUACAGAAAGUUACUACAAUUUCAAAAAUAUGACUCCCAUUCAGUAGGAAACAGUAAGACGUACAGUAGAAAUAAAAUCAUAAUUUGAAAGAUGAAUUUUAAGAAGUAUUUAAGAGGCAGUGGGAGGGUCCUCGCGUUUGUGUUUAUUGCAUCCGUAAUUUGGCUAAUCUUUGAUAUCGUAGCACUUCGAAUAUCCUUCAGUGAUGUAAAUCAAGACUUUAAAGUGAGAGAAAUUAUUCUAAAACAAAGGAGACAAGACUAUGCAGAUGAUCUGAUUAAAUAUCCACUGCAAAAAGCAAACUUGCACAAGAGAAAGUCUCUUAAAAACAGGCUUGAAAGAAAAGUGGAUGAGGUUUACAGAAAAGGGCCAAAGCCAGAAAGCCAAAAUCCAUUACAUGGCUUGGCAAGCAAAUCUUUUGUAGAACAAAAGGAAAUAAAUCAAAAUAAGAGGAGUGCCAGCACUCCUAAAAAACCAAAUGAGACAAAAACUAUUUUUAAUGUCAAAGUGAGCAAUUUAAAUGCAAGGAUCGAUAAAAUAAACACUGUUUUUAAUCGUCAGACAGAGGUAAAGCUGAAUGUUAAUGCACAUCAAUUUUCAAAAGCACUGGCUGUUGUCCAACAGAAAGUGUAUCCUGACAACACUUCAGUUAUGUCGCAUUAUGAAAUAAACGUAGAUGUGGGUUUACAAAAAAACUUGAGUAACGAUAUGCUGAAACCAGUAGAGAAACUGGAAAACAAUACUGACAGUAGAAAAAAACAUGCCGGUACUUUCAAGAAAACAAAAUCAGAUAUUACUCGAAAACCAAGUAAACCGACAGCUCAAGACCCAGCAGAAGAGGCGUUACGGGUGCUGCCCUCUACAAGUGUAAAGAGAUCAGGUGGGCAUCACAAAGUCAAAGCUCUAGAUGUGACAGACAGGCCUAGAGAUCCCCAUGCUGUGGGACAGUUUGGACAGCCUGCAAGAGUUCCCAAGAAUGAAGAACUGGAAAGUAGAAGACGCUGGAGUGAAGGAUUUUUUAAUGUAUUCCUGAGUGAACAGAUACCAAUAGAUAGAGCCAUCCCAGACACCAGACCCCAAACAUGUUCAGAAAGCCUUGUUCAUGAUGACCUGCCCAGCACCAGUGUGAUCUUCUGCUUUGUGGAUGAGGUUUGGUCUACUCUGCUGCGUUCGGUACACAGUGUGCUCAACAGGUCUCCUCCACAGCUCCUGAAGGAGAUCAUUCUCGUGGAUGACUGCAGCACCAAAGACUACCUGAAGGAACAGUUGGAUGUUUAUAUGUCUCAAUUCCCUAAAGUACGAAUCAUCCAUCUGAAAGAGCGACAAGGCCUUAUCAGAGCAAGGAUGGCAGGGGCCGCUGCCGCUACGGGUGAAGUGCUGACUUUCCUGGACUCUCACAUUGAGUGUAACGUAGGAUGGCUUGAGCCACUGUUAGAAAGAAUUUACCUGGACCGCAGAAAAGUGCCCUGUCCUGUUAUUGAUGUUAUCAAUGAUAAAGACAUGAGUUACAUGCUUGUGGAUAACUUCCAAAGAGGCAUUUUUAAGUGGCCACUUGUUUUUGGCUGGAGUGCUCUACCUGAGGAAUAUAUUCAAAAGAACCAGAUCAAAGAUUCAGAUCCCAUCAGGAUAGCAUGUUGUUUUAUACACAGCCAUAUAUUACAUAAUAAUAGAAAGAAGUCAGGUAACGUGUUUUUGUUUGUUUUUCAGAUCUGGAUGUGUGGUGGUGAGAUUGAAAUAAUCCCCUGCUCUCGCGUUGGCCACAUCUUCCGCAGCGAUAACCCUUAUAAGUUCACGAAAGACCGUGUAAAGACAGUGGAGAGAAACUUAGCCAGGGUUGCAGAGGUGUGGCUGGAUGAAUAUAAAGAGGUGUUUUACGGUCAUGGCUAUCAGCACCUACUGGACAAAAAUGUGACUGAUAUAGGAAAUCUGACAGAACAGAUUCAAUUGAGGGAAAAACUCAAGUGUAAAAGCUUUAAAUGGUACUUGGAAAAUGUCUAUCCAGAUCUGGACACCCCUGUGGUCAAAGCCGAAGGACUGAUUUUCAAUGUUGGAACCAGAAAAUGUUUGAUAUUUCAAAAUGAAAGCUUCUCAUUAACUAAAUGUGAUCUCACAAAUAAGAGUCAAUAUUUUACCUUCACCUGGUUAAGGUUGCUUCGACAGAACACUUCCUGUUUGGCUCCUCAGGAAACACAGCUAACCAUGGAACCAUGUGACAACACUAAGCCACAUCUCCGCUGGAUUCACAAGUCUGGUAAAGCUUUGACGGAGCAUUUGAUGGCAGAGGUUUAUUCUCAACCCAUUUGUCUGGAAGCAGGAAUUAAAGCAGAUGGUGUCUUCCUUAAAGGCUGUGAUCGCUUCAGUACUUUUCAGAAAUGGCAGUUUACACACUACUAUGAAUGAGGAAAUGUUUUUGGACCACUUCAUGUCUUAUAGUCAUUUUGUGCAAUGCAAAUGGAGUGUUGCUGUUUACUUCUGUCAUUGUGAAUUAUAAAUGUUCGGGGUGACCAUCAGGAAUUCCACUCUCUCUCUCUUAGCAAAUGUUGGUUAAUGAUAUUUAAGGGUUUAUGUGAGAUAUGGGUUAUGGCUAGCAAUUAUUUUACAAACAUUUUGCACAACCAGGAACAUUUUGAAAGUACCCUUAUGAUGAUUUUCACAAUAAAGUUCCAAUUGUUUCUACACAC